AUGGGUACCGCCUCCUCAAAGUUCAAAAAAUACCUUCAGCAUGGGGAUGAAUUUGCUGCAAUGCAGGUUUACCAAAGUUCAGGAGACUUAAAAAGACAUUUGGACCCCAACACCAGUUAUGGUGAACAUCAUAAUCACAACACUCCUUUACAUUAUGCAUCUAAACAUGGGAUGAAGCAUCUUCUUAGAACAUUUUUACAUGAUUUAGGCGGAAAUCCAAACAAACGAAAUGCAUUUAAUGAGACAGCUGCACAUGCUGCCUGCAACUUAGAGCCAAAUAAAUUGUUCUCUGCACAAGAACGACGUGCUGCUUGUAUAUCUCUGAUUUUACAAUGGAGGGGUGCUGAUCUUAACAAUGGAAGCAGGGAACGUAUUGAUCUACAAGCCCAAGACCAGAAAGGGGACACUGCAUUGCAUUGUGCUGCAGGUUCAGGCCUGAAACGCUGUGUUGAACUUCUUUUGUCUCACGGUAGUCCUCUCUUUAUUGAGAAUAAUGAUCAUCUCACACCCUGUGAUAUUGCUGUACAUGCACAGCAUCAUGAUAUUGCAGCUCUUCUGGAAUCAAGAAUGGUUUUUGCUGACAGCGACAGUAAUGAUACUGUAAAUGAAGCUGAACUUAAUGGGGGAGGAGAGCCGGAUGAAGUUUAUAGUGGUCUCAGGACACAAGACCUUCAAGAGGCGAAAGACCAGCUGUUGGUUGAGACCAGCGAUAUGCUCCACAUCCCCCUCUUUACUGCAGAAGCCUUGCUUCGAGACAAUGAGUGGUCCCGCGAAACACUUCUUGAUAAAUGGAUGAAGGAUCCUGUUGAGUGCUGUCAAUCAGCUGGUGUUCAGCCGCCACCCUCCUCAUCAGAACUGGAUUCAGGAUCUUUCACUUUGACUCGUCCUUUGCGAUCUCCCAGUGUGAUAGAGGAGUCAAACAGUUGUGACGAACAAGAUUCAGAGGGGCGUACUGGAUCAAAAGACAUACUAAAAAAAUCUCCAGCACAUAGGAACUUCAAUGCCUCAGAUGAGAGGACAACUCGUGAAAAUGACGAAGUAGAGUGCUCUAUUUGUAUGCAAUCUGUUAGUUCUUGGGCAAUGCUAGCUCAAGGUACCAUGAGCUGCGGACACACAUUUUGUUCAACUUGCUGGGAAAAUUAUUUAACCCUCAAAAUACAAGAAGGAGAUGCUCAUCAUAUCAGCUGCCCUGAGUAUGCCUGUGAAAUUCUUGUCCCUCUUGAAUUGAUUGAAAAGUCAGUUACACCUGAAGUUGCAAGGAGAUAUUUACAAUUUGAUAUCAAAGCUUUUGUAGAGAGUAGUCGAUGUAUCAAGUGGUGUCCAAGACCAGGAUGUGGACAAGCUGUUCGCCUUCCAGAAACAGAACAAACACCUCCACCAUCCGCAGCUCCAACGUCUCAUGCUGUUGACUGUGGCAAUGGUCACUUUUUUUGUUGGGAGUGUUUAGGUGAGGUGCACGCUCCUAGUGGCUGUGAACAGUGGCAGCUGUGGCAAAGAAAGAUUGCUGAAGUGAAACCAGAAGAGCUUCCCUCUGAAGGAGUGGACAUUGAGGAUGCUGCAAAUUGCCUUUGGCUUGUAACAAAUUCCAAACCUUGUCCAAAUUGUAAAUCUCCAAUUCAAAAAAAUGAAGGCUGCAAUCAUAUGAAAUGUUCAAAGUGUAAGCUUGACUUCUGUUGGGUUUGUCUCGAAUCUUGGAAAAAGCAUAGCUCAUCAACAGGUGGAUAUUUCCGUUGUAAUCGCUUUGAAGCUGUUAACAAGGCAGAUGAGAGACAGGGUGUACUCAUCAGUGAGGCAAUGAUGCGUAAUCAACAAGCUACUGAGCUGAGUAGAUUCCUUCAUUAUUACACCAGAUUCAGGAAUCAUGAAAACUCUCAAAAGCUAGAAGAACCAUUAUUAAGUUCUGCACCAACUAAAAUGGCACUCCUUGCUGCUUGCCUUACACCUAAUCGAAGUUCUAGAGAAGGGUCGCCGCUGCGGCUCCCAGUCGUCCUGUCUGUCCAGGUGUAG